AACAUUUCAGUUCUCUCUAAACAAUGUGCAAUCAGUGGUUCGGGGAGAAUGGGGGAAUAUGGUGUGGUCAGCCCAUUCCCCCUCGUCCACAGCCAUACACUUUGCAGCAUCCACUUCUGUUUUUCAUCAUUAAAUAUAGUUAUGCAGGUGGUAUGCUUUGGCAUUUAUCCACAUUUGGAUUGCACAGGAACUAACUUGACAAAGGUGAGUCAUUUCAGGGGUGUUAGACUGAAUUAAGUGAGUUCUUGUCUUAAAAUAGGCUAUGUUUUUCUUUUCUUUUUUUUGAGCAGACUAUUUUUUCAAAACAUGACAGAACAGCAGGUUAUGUAAAGACCAUGUUUACCAACCAGUAUGGAAAAUGUUGUUGAACACUGUUCCUGUGUAGGCUAUUCUGGAUGUUUGACUAAAAUGAAAGAUGAAAUCUAAGGAUAACAACUUUAUAUUAUUUGAUAAAACAGUUAAUCUGUGAGUAUAAUGACAUGGAGAGAAAAUAAUCUUCCAGCUAAGGAUAAUAUAUUGUUGUAAGAUGUCAUUUAAAUGUCUUUCAGCCAUAUGUUCCACCUAAGAAAGGGAUUUUUAGAUAUUUCUUUAGGGGGUGGAGACUAUGACCAGUAAUCAUAACUCUAAGCCCCACCUCUAAGGUCUAUCUGUAUGACAUGUGUCAUGUAUUCUAUAGAAUUGGUUGUCAUGAGUCAUAUAUUGAUGUCAUUACUUCCUGAAUGAGUAUACAAGUUUGCAAUUAAGAUGUAGAGAUAUAAAUCUGUUCAAGGUAAUCAAGUAAUUUCAGUAUACUGAGGACAGUCAAUUCAGGUCAUAGUAAUAGUAUCUCUUGUAAUCUGCUAACAUUAACAUUAACAUAAUGCUCCUUUGUCUUUGUAUGUCUGUACAGGCUAAGGAAUGGGAGACUGGUCCAUUCUUGGUCGCUUCCUAACGGAGGUGCAGAACCACUCGACAGUCAUCGGUAAGAUUUGGCUGACCGUGCUACUGAUCUUCCGCAUCCUGCUGGUGGCGCUGGUGGGCGACGCGGUGUACAGCGACGAGCAGUCCAAGUUCACCUGCAACACGCUGCAGCCUGGCUGCAACAACGUCUGCUACGACACCUUCGCCCCGGUCUCACACCUGCGCUUCUGGGUCUUCCAGAUCGUCCUCGUCUCAACGCCGUCCAUCUUCUACAUCGUCUACGUGCUGCACAAGAUCGCCAAGGAUGAGAAGCUGGAGGCGGACACGGUGCCGGCCAUCGCCGGGUGUCCGACCUCCGAUGACUUCUCGGUGGCGCAGGUGAAACUGGACGCAGAGGACACCACGGAUGCCAGCGCGUCAGCGCCAGUCUUCAGCUCUGGCCCCGAGGAGACCUGGGGCCCCCCGGUGGGCAGCGAGAGCGUGGAGCAGAACCUGCUGGAGGACGGGGUCCCCGUGGUGCGGAAGGACCCCACAGAGCUGUCCAGCCAGGUGCUGCUCAUCUACAUCGUCCACGUGGUGCUCAGCUCCAUCAUGGAGAUCACCUUCCUGGUGGGCCAAUACUACCUGUUCGGCUUCGAGGUGCCGCACCUGUUCCGCUGUGAGACCUACCCCUGCCCAAAUCGGACCGACUGCUUUGUGUCGCGCGCCACCGAGAAGACCAUCUUCCUCAACUUCAUGUUCAGCAUCAGCCUGGGUUGCUUCAUCCUCAACAUCGUGGAGCUGCACUACCUGGGCUGGGUCUACAUCUUCCGCGUGCUCUGUUCCGCCUGCUCCACCUGCUGCACGCCCCACCGGAGCCCCCUGGAGAGGCUGGGGCUCUACCCCGACCACAACCCCCUCCUGCUGCAGCUCAAGCACUCCCUCCAGAGCCGGGUGGUGCUGCAGGCCCCCGCCACCAUGGUCCAGGAGAGGAGCUGCGCCGUGCCGGCCUACACCCCCGCAAUCUCUUUCCAGACGGACUCCACGCUGCAGUGCACGUCCAGGAGGGGGCUGGAUGACAAGGAGCACUGCAAGGUCAAGCUGGCCAAAUUAGGCAGGGGAGAGAAAUCCUGGCUGUAAAAGGACUGGUCUGUGUCCCAUUUGGCAAAAUGCUCUUGACAUUCUUUUUUUCUUUUUUUGGUAUUUAUUACUCUGAGAAUUAACAGGAAAUGUUUUUCAGACAAUUGAGACACACAAAGCAAACAUUGCCGAUACUAUAUAUUUAUUUAUAGAAUAUACAUAUUUUAGUAUUUUGCAGUGGUUUACUCAGUUAUCUCAGAAUAUUGCUUUGCUAUGAUGGUGUAUUCAUACCCAUAUUUCAAGUCUACUACUGUGAUCAUGAAUUUUGUUAUGUUAUGUGUCAGCCAAUGAUUUGUAUGACUGGUACAGUUUCAAUUGCUUUAAUUUAUGGUUUUUGUGGUUCAUAUUUAAGAAAGUCUUUUUUUCAUUAUAUUGAAAUGCUGUGGAAGGACAAUACGGAUUGGAAAUAAACUAAUUUCCUUAUCUAUGCCACAGAAUUGGGCUAUUAUGGUAAAAAAUGUGCAGCAUAUAAAGAAAUGGGUGCACACCAGUAUGUUGACAUUUAAUGUGACGUGUGCUAAGACAUCACCCAACAUGCAGUGUAAUUUAUCAAACUAUUUGUGUUAAAGAAAUGUAUCAGCUUAUGUGGGCUCAGUGUCAAAUCAAGACAUUUCUGACCUAAACUUCAUGUAUAGUAAUUCCUUUUAAUGAGGCCGAUCAAGCAGGGAGUCAAACCAAGAUGAAUGUGAUGGACACUUGUAGCAGUGAGGUGAAAUGAUCCUAAUCUACAGAAUGAAGUCAUAGUGAACUGCUGUGUCUGAGAGUUGCCAUUUUGGCAGUACCCUUGGAUUUCAUUGAGAAUAAACAUUAGCCAUUAAAAGACGCACUGCAAUAUCAGUUUUGGUCAGUGGAGGAUGCUGUGUGACGAAAUGAAAGGAAAAUAAAUUA